AUGGCUACCGGUUAUAAUCCUUUCGGUGGAUGGGGCAACUCGGAGGCGCCGCCGCCAUCGAUAUUCGGCGCGUUGCCGUACCCUCAAUCAAGUGCCCCUUCGCCGACUCUGGCGGACAGAGCGAUUUUCGUCUUCACCGACUACAACCCGUCGAUCUUGAACUGCACCAUAGUGGACAACCGCGCGAGAACCGUUUUCUAUAUUUCGACAGAGACGACUCCUCGGUACACGUUCGUCAAGGAUCGUGACGGUAGAAAUCUCGGAGUGAUAGAGUGGCAGACGCACCCGUCCGUCGAGAUCCGCGGGAUUGUGCCCAAGCAGGAAGUGCGCAGCUGGCUCGCGCUUUCUCCGGACGCAAGAUCUAGAGUAAUGACCGUGCAGAACGCCCGCUAUGCCUGGGCACCCAGCGGCAGUCACAUUCUGCUGUAUACCACCACUUCUUCCGUCCCCCAGGUACUCGGGAAGGUAUCGAAGACGGCUUCUACCGUCACUCUAGAGCUCAGCGCCGCAGCUCUCGAACUCGGUCUGCUCGAAUGCGCUAUCGUCGCUACUCUCCUGAUGCAAUCCGGGCGCAACAUUGACUGA